AUGGCGACGUGGUUGCACGAGGAUGCCCAGCACUUGCCUGCGAACUACCCGGAACACCUCCCACUACCCAGAACACCUCCCCCAUGCCACCGUUCUUCGAGAUACUUGUCGUUUCGGAAGGUCGUUUUGCUCACGAAGAACAGCGCGCCGGGCCGCGACGGCACCCCGUUCAAGGCUUGGCGUAAGGUCGCGGACCUCGCGGCGGACGUCUUCGAGGCGGUCUAUCCGGAGAUGGUGGCCCCCGCUGGCCUGGACCGGAUGAGGGCGGAAUGGGCGUCCUUCAAUGGGAGCUUCAUGGUGUUUCUGCCCAAGAAGGCGUCGUACACGCUCCAGGGUGGCACCGAGGUGUUGUCUCCGAGCAGCCUGCGCCCCCUCAGCAUCACCAACACCGAUAACCGCAUCUUUGGCAGCGCCGUGCGCUUGCACAUCGAGCCCAUCCGUGGGUUCCUGAGCGGCCGCUCCAUCAUCGCCAAUGUUAUGGACGUCGAAGAGGCCAUGCUGGACUACGCCGCAUCUCAGGACAGGCCGAUGGCAGUGUCCCUGGACUUCGCGGCGGCCCUCCUCAGCAUGAGCCAGGAGCGUUCAUCCAGCGCGGUCGCGCAGGCCUGGGAGGACGCUGUCCACAAGAUGCACGAGAGGGCGAGGGUGCGGAAAAGGAUCGGAGGCGGCAUGUUCGUCACGCUGACAGCGCUGCGCAUGUACAUAUUCCCGUUGGUGGGUUUCCUCUUUCAACUGGGGGAGUUGCCGCCGACCUGCAAGCAGGAGGAACUGCGGCUGGUUGACGCACUCUUCCCUGGCGCUCGAGGUUGGACGCCCCCUGCGCUGCCGCAGAAUUUGAGCGGCUUCGGUUUCUCCGCGGACAUGCCGAACAUGGAGGCCGCGGCUCUCGGCGCCAACUUGUCGGGUCCACUGGUGGGAAGAUGCUGGUUUGGGGGGUUUCGACUUCGCCAUCGUUUGCAUUGCGUGUCCACGAAGCAGGCCCAUUUGCAACUCCCGGAUCGGGCCGUGGCGCGGCACCCCUGGCUGUCCGGCAAUUUCUUCGUGAACGUGCAGAUGGCGCAGCAGCUGCUGACCGGCAUAGCCGGCGCCGCGCGCUCGACGGUGGCAGAGGACGUGAAGCCAACUCUUGAGGAGAUUUGCCGUUUUUUGCUGUUCAUCGUCAUUUGUGACGUCGGCUGGAUCGGUGGUGUCUUCCCGUUUUUCUUGGCCGUCGUGUCCAGCGGCUUGAACGUCUUCCGGCGUCUUGGACCCGUAGUGCCUCCACGCGUGUGGGCAGCUGUUCUCAAGGCAGCACUGGGCAGUUGGACAUGUAUUGCCCCCAGUAUCCGUGCGGCGCAAUGCUGCUUUGGCUGCCAGGCGGGCCAGGACUCCAUGCAACAUUGCGCCAGCUGCCCGGUGAUAGCGCGGCUGGCGGGGAGCCGACUCCGAGUGGCCCUGGCCCCCGCCGGAGACCAGCUUCAGGAUUUCCUUCUUAUGACUAGUCUGUAUGAUACUUCGCGGAUGGCGCUUCAUCCCCUGCGUCAGUAUGCGACAUUCAUGGCUACGAAUGCCGCCUGGCAUGGGCGAGCGACAGUCGCUAGCGAUGUGUGGGUUCAAGCCAUGACAGACGCGGCGGGCAAGGACGCGCCGCUCCGGCGUAUUGUCGCCGCCCUCUGGCCCGGCGCAUGGCGCCUCGCGCUCGCCGCCGCGCUGGCUGCCGCCGCGGCCCCGCCGCCGGCGGCGCCCGCCGGGCCCGCGGCGCCGGCCGCCGCGCCCGAAGACGGCUUCAAGCUCAUCGGUUACUUUGACGCCGACACGCAGGGCGAGAUGCCCGUGGAGGUGAUCCCUUGCCGAAACCUGACGCACCUCGUCGUCAGAAACGCGGUGAAGGUCGACAGGACGACCGGGCAGCUCCACUAUCGGCCGGCCUCCUCGACAACCGACCUCGCCGGGCUGCCGCUCAUCCAGCGCCUCGCGGCUCUGCCGCUGCGCCUGGUGGUCAGCUUGCGCGGCCUCGGCGACGACGUCGCGCUCGACGAGCUGUCGGAGAACGACACGGCCAGGGAGAACUUCGCGCUCCAGGCCGCGGACCACCUGCUGCGUUGGGGCGCCCAGGGCCUCGAGGUGGAGUGGCACUCAGAGGACCCCGGGGGCGGCAAGCCGGCGUCCGCGCCCUUCGACCCGAUGGAGCAGUACCACCUCGCCCUCUUGUGCCGGGACCUCUCCGCCGUGCUCAAGUCAGGGCUCGCCCGCGGGGGCGGCUGGACCCUCACGUGGCCGUGGCACAGGGGCGCCAGGAGUUCCCCGACGGGGCCACGGCCGGGCGCCUGGCGGACUGGCUGGCCGUGCGCGCGCACGGUGCGGGCGGCCUCGGCGGGCGCGGCGCCGACGCGGCGCUCGACGAGUGGGCCUCGCGGGGCGUGCCGCGCCGCCAGCUGGUGCUCAGCACGCCGCUGCUCGGCGGCGCCCCCGCGGCCGCGCCCGACGGCCCGCCGGCGGGCGCAGGCAGCGCGCGAGCGGCCGAGCGCGCGCCGGACUUCGGCGCCGUGCGGGAGAGGGCGGCGAGCCUGCUGGAGGGCGGCUUCGGCGGCCUGGCGCUCCAAGACCUGCGGCCGGCCCUCCGCGCGCCGGGGGGCGGCCCAGGGGCGGCGCGCGCGAGCUUCCGGGGUUCGCAGGGCCCCGCGCGCACGCAGGGCGUCAGCCUGGUGCAGACGGGCCUCCGGAGCUCCCGGACGAGCGUCACCGAGCGGGCCCGCGCUGGCGCGGCGGCGGACCGCGAGCUGUAGCCCGGGCGCGGGAGAGGGCUGGGCCGCCCGUCCCUGGAAG